GGGAAAAGCAUACUCCACGCUGAGCAAAGAGCUCAACGUGGGGCUCAAUCCCAGGACCAUGGGAUCAUGAAACCUGAGCCGAAGGCAGCUGCUUAAUGGACUGAGCCAUCCAGGUGCCCCAAGUUACACUUUCAUUUUAAAUCCCAUUUUGAAACUAUUGCCAGAGUGGAGUGGAUGGUGGGGGCUAUCUGUGCCCAGCCACAGCUUUCUGACGUUACUGGAGGAGAACGACAGGGAGGUAGUGUGGAGCUGGGGGGAAAACAGGCCCUGUACAAAAGCUGAGGAGCCAGAUGUUCACUUUCACAGCUCUCCUGGAAGGCUGGCAGGGCAGAUAGAGAUUAAAACAAAGAACAAACUCCAUUUAAAGUGCAUUACAGCUCAGGAACUAGCUCCCCCUGGGCAGAAGAAGGGAGGAAAGGGCACAGGAGGCCACAUUUCUCCUUCCUUAUCUAGGGCCACAUGUCUCUCUCCCAGCUUUGUGAAGGGUGAUUUACACCCCUGGCUGGAAUGACUCUCUUUCUGGGCUGAUUACAUCGGCAAAUGCCCCCCAGAGGCCACAGCAGGAUGGCCAUAUUCAGAAGCAGCAGCCAAUAAAUCUCAGAGGUUUAUAUUGCACUUCUCAAUACCCUCCUGGCCCUCUGCCAGGCCUCUGUACAAGUGAGGAGAGGGCUUGGGCUGCAAGGGCAGGGGGCAAAACCCUCCACUUCUUUCAUCAUCCUCUCUCUAAGCACUUAUUCUUCCAAGUCAUUGUGCCUUUAUUUUUACCCUGGGAGCAGGUAGGAAUCAACCCUACACCCAACAAAUACCCUCACCCUUGUGGGUAGAAAUCCUGCUGUGGGUGCAGCUGUGUUUCUACCUGGCUGUUUAAUCUUCGUAGAAUAGGUUGCUUUUUGAACCAUCACCUGAAGAUGAGGAGGCUCCUAAGUGGCCUUUCUAGCCACUUUCCUCAGCGAUCCUGUUGUUCCUCCAGGGAAUUCUCUAAUUUGAGGAGAGUUUAAUCCUUCCACUCUCCCUCAUGGCACUGAAUUUUGGAGGGAGCUAGUCUGGCAUAAAUACCGGGAUCUGGCCAAAGACUGCCCUCGGCACAGCCGUUUCACCUGUCUGGAACCUAUCUUUGCAGAAUCAUGGGGUUAAUGAUAAUAGCCCGAGUUUACCCUUGAAGUUACUUCAAGGGGAAAAGGAGGCACGGAUGUGCAAAUUCUAAGAGGAAAAAUAAAUACUAGAAGUGAAACUGCCCCUGUGCUGGUCUGUUCAAGUUUUGCUAUAAGAUUUCAUUUGUGGUUCCUGGAGGCGGUGGGGUGGGGGUCCAGCAAGUGAGAAAUGGUGGGGUUUUUUGAUAAAUACUUGGACCCCCGAGAUGGCGGCAGCUGCCACCAUUAUCUUGGGCCGAAUCCUCCUCUAAGCAACAAGGGCAGCAGACGGCAGGUGGACAGGCUCGGGUAGAGCACCCUCUUGCACGCGGAAGCCGUGGCGCGUGACCUUGCUCGCCCCCACCGUCGCCGCCUUCUCCAUUGAGUAGAGGAAGCGGUGUGCGUCCGUCAGUGCGCUUCGGAGUUGGAGGGCGGCGCCCAGGACUCUGGUGGGAGAGUGUCGGCGCAGCUCGCGGGGAGGGCGGGAGGCGGCGAUGGGCGGCGGCGGUCGAGGAGCCCCGCUCGCAGAGCCUCGGCGCGAGGAGAGAGGGGAGCGCGGCACCCGGCGCUGGCACAGCGUCUCGGAGGCGGACGGCCGGCGUGCGGACCGAGCCAUGGCGAGUCCUCCAAACUCGCGAACACUGCAGCCCGUGCUCCUGCUCCUGCUGCUGGUAGCGCUGCCGCUCGGAGCCGACCCCCUCCCCACCGAGGGCCGGCUGGUGAACAGCUGUAUCCAGGCCAGAAGGAAGUGCCAGGUCGAUCCUAUUUGCAGUGCUGCCUACCACCACCUGAAUUCCUGCACCUCUAGUGUAAGCACCCCAUCACCUGCACAGGAGCUUUUGGUCCCUGAGGAGUGCAGGGAGGCAGCACAGCACCUCAGGAAUAGCUCUCUGAUGAGCUGCACAUGCCACCGCCGCAUGAAGAACCAAGUUGCCUGCCUGGACAUCUACUGGACCGUUCACCUUGCCCGCAGCCUUGGUGACUUUGAACUGGAUGUCUCCCCCUAUGAAGACGCAGUGACCAGAAAACCCUGGAAAAUGAAUCUCAGCAAACUGAACAUGCUCAAACCAGACUCAGACCUCUGCCUCAAGUUCGCCAUGCUGUGCACUCUUAAUGACAAGUGCGACCGGCUACGCAAGGCCUAUGGGGAGGCGUGCUCCGGCUCCCACUGCCAACGCCACACCUGCCUCCGGCAGCUCCGCGCCUUCUUUGAGAAGGCGUCGGAGCCCCACGCUCAGGGCCUGCUAUUGUGCCCAUGCGCACCCGCGGACCAGGGCUGCGGGCAACGCAGGCGCAACACCAUCGCCCCCAGCUGCGCGCUGCCGCCUGGGGCCCCCAACUGCCUGGAGCUGCGGCGCGUGUGCGUCUCUGACCCGCUGUGCAGAUCUCGUUUGGUGGAUUUUCAGACCCACUGCCAUCCUCUGGACAUCCUAGGGACCUGUGCAACAGAACAUUCCAGAUGUCUGCGAGCAUACAUGGGGCUGAUUGGGACUGCCAUGACUCCCAACUUUGUCAGCAACGUCAACACCAGCGUUGCCUUAAGCUGCACCUGCCGAGGCAGCGGCAACCUGCAGGACGAGUGUGAGCAGCUGGAAGAGUCCUUCUCCCAUAACCCCUGCCUCAGUGAGUGCGUUCCACCUGCUCCCAGCCCCCGUGGUUCUGUCAGCUGGAUCCAGAGAGAGGAAAAGGUCGAGGCCAUUGCAGCUAAGAUGCGUUUUCACAGCCAGCUCUUCUCUCAGGACUGGGCAGACUCUACCUUUUCCGUGAUGGAGCGCCAGGUAGGCCCUCCUCUAUUACACACCUCUUACCUUUACUGGACUAGCUGGGGGAAACCCAGAGAAGGGGAUAGAGGGGGUGACCUCACUGUGGUCCUGAAUACUAUAGACCUCUAAUGGAUACCUCAGGGGAGGGGUACAAGGCCUUGACUGAGGCCGAGAUGGUGAAGGGGGUGGAGCUGACUCCAUUCCAUUUCUUCUACAGAACAAAAACCCUGCUCUGAGGCCACAGCCCUGGGUGCCCUCUCUUUUCUCCUGUACACUUCCCUUGAUUCUGCUCCUGAGCUUCUGGUAGCUGGACCUCCCCUGGGCCCCUCUCCCCUCUACCCACACUCAGCCUGACCUGCUGCCUGCAAGGGCUAAGGAAAGAGCAGCAUCAGGAAGGAGGUGCAGUAAACAACAUGGUGACCCUGACUGCACCGCCCAUAUCCAGCUCACUCCAGGUGGGGUUAUAGUAGAAACUGACCAGCUGAGUUCUCAUCCCCUCUGCUUUUGACUCAGGCUGCCCUUCCAUUAGGACUUGGUGACCAUGAUUUAGCCAUAUCUUCUGGUGGAGACCACCUCUACCUAGCUCUUUCCUAAUCCCUUCCUCCUGCCCACUAGAAUCACCCAGGCUCUAACAAAUCAGUCAUUCUCUAUUGCAUUCUCCAGGUAGGCAGGGCUAGAUAUUCUGAGGCAGCCUAGAAAGACAUUCCCCAUUGUGAGGAAGGCUGGGGAAAGACUCCUACCCUCUUAUCUCCUCCUCUAAAUGGGGGAGGUGGGAACCUACUGCCUACCCUACCUGGGGAUCCUGCAGAGCAUUUGAGCAUCAGGAGCCAGAGCAUUUGGGUCUUGCUUUCUUCCUGCUACCGUCCUGAAGUACCCCCAGCCCCUUGGAUCAUGAUUAAACAUUUUACUUAAAAACUUUGCUCUUUUGCCAU